GAUACUUAGAGGAGUAAGGGAUGGGGGCGGGAAGAUAAUGUGUGGUGAAACCAAAAACAGUUCUUGUGGUAGAGCUAUUUGGGAGGAACGAAGUUUGGAUCAUAUUUAGAGGCUGCUCUUGUACCCCUUACAACGUCCUUCGUGGCAGCACAUCAUCAUCAGCAUCAUUCUCAACAUUAUCAUCAUCAUCAUCAUCAUCAUCAUCAGCUUCAGCAGCAUCAUGACUCAUCCUCCUCCUAAAACUCCAUCUUUAUCUACCUGUCAGCUACCCCGUCAUCGAUUUCGAACGAUGGUGGGUUUUGUAAUCUCAUGCAAAUUUGGUCUUUUGGGGCUUAAUCAUUAACAAUAAGGUGUGUGUGCUUCGUGUAUUCGCUUUCCGUUCUCAUUCCCCUUGUCGCAAUGAGCAUAGAAAGAAGGGAAGCACGAUAGAGAACAAAGGAAGAUACAUACUACGCACAUGUGCAUUAAGGAGGAGCAUACGUGGCAUUUACAUGACCAUGCAUGUGCAUUCUUAGCGAAAGAGGAAAACUAAAAACCAUGCAAACCAUCCAGCUCUUAGAGUUUAAGUAAUGCGUGGAAGGAGUGGCGAGGUAGGGGGGGGGGGGGGGGGGGUAUGGGACGACCUGUGGGUCUAAUUCGAAUUUACGUAAGACUUUACACCAAGUGCAAAUAGUGCGCAAGAUAGAGACAAACAAACAAACGAUGCCUACCGAAACCGAAUUCUUACACUAUACGGAACGACGGAAUCGACCGAUCGACCCUGGUACAAAUGGCAUCGGGCCUGGGCCUCCCCACACACUGAUCGUAUGCUCGUUGACGGAUCGUCGUAGAAACGUUCCAAUGGUACGGUAGCACGGUAAAAACGCAUCAAAUCGGAGAGCUGUCGUGUAUGACAGAUACCUGCCGCGAUCCUCCCGCUCCUCCUAUCUCCUCCCCUCACCUGGAAGUUACAAGCAGCACCAAAAUAACUUAUGCAUUCUGUUCUAUUACCGACUACCAUACUCUAGCUGUAUUAGUACCGUUUUACUGUUAGGUCAACAAAUUCGUUCUCAAGAUACAACAUUUGUGUCGAAAGGCGAGUAGGUGGUAAGCGAUCGAGCCAACGAGCCCCGGGAUGGGAAGAUGAGCGGGUAGGAGGGAUGGUGGGGCGAGGAGCAGUGUGGCGGGAUAAUGUUUUGCAAGGCAGGGUGUCCCCUAUUUGAGAUCUCUUUACACCACCAACCCUGUCCCUGUUCCAGUGGGACGGUUGCGGAACGGGUCAAAUCACCUUAGCGGCUUAAUGGUAAUCGAUAUAUACGGCGGCGGCGGUGGCGGCAUGGUAUAAAUUCCUGUUUUUUUUUUUGCUCGCUGCCACUACCUCUCCAUUGUGGUGAAAAGCGAGAGCGAAGGCAUCCUGGAACAAUGGAGACGGCAUUGUUUUGAAUGUUUCUUAUUUUUUACUUGCUAUUUGUUCCGUGUACCCGAAUUUGGUGAGGGAGUGUGCAAUUGACUAUCAAACUAUCUGUUGCUGUAUUGUGGCGAUGCUCAUUGCUGUAUCCGCUAUAUGAUAUUGCGAUGUCAUCCCUAGUGGUCGUUUCGGACUAGCGUCCGAUCGAUGAUCGAUCCCGCUCGCUCUUAACCGUGUGUGAUCGUAUUUUUACUAGAAUGUGAUCUGUUCAUACAGAUGUUUUCGUUUUUCUUUUAUUUACAACUUUAAAACAGUUUUCUGUUCUGCAUUUUCGUUCGUGCCUUUUGUCUUUUCUAGUUUUCUUUUUUUUUCAUGUAUUUCUUUUAGUUUUGUUUUCCAUUGAAACUACCAGCAGCACCAUCGAUUCCGUGAUGGAGAUUUUCUCUGUUUCAAUUUGUUUUUGUAACAUUCCUUCCUAGUGAAGCAAUCCGUUUACCUCGCCACUGGUCGGGUAAUGGUAGUGCCAGGUGGUGAAGAUACAUAUUUGGAGAAGAAAUGAUGGUACCUUAGGACAAGGAGUACCUUUGAACGUUAAGGGAGGUGGGGUGCAAAUUUCGCAAUGACUGGACAUUUUAUAUACUGAGUGUUUGUAUUUGGUUUUGUGUGUACGUGUGUAUGGAUCUGGGUGUGCAUUUUUAAGAGUGAGCGAGACAAAGCAUGCAUGUAGAUCCUUUCAAAUUCAAAUGCGCCGAAAUGUGAAGACAGACAACAAACCGUGAUGCACCCAGAAUUGUAGCAUAUUUGUAAGCAGAUGGUUUAGAGAUAUAUUAUUAUUAUAUAUAACGAUAGAAGAAUGUAUAAUGAGGUAUAUUAUAUUAUAUUAUUAUUUGGGUAGAAUCAUUGCUAUUCUAUUAUUACUAUUAAUAAUAUUAUUAUUAUCAUUAUUACGCUGUUUUGUUGGAGACACUCGAGGAGAAAUGGUUACAUGAGAGAAGGAAGAUAACUUAAAACACUAAGUGAAUUGAUGUUGCAAUGAGGGGGGGAAACACGACAAUUCAAUUCACCUGAUCAUCCUCUGAGCCAGAGAGUAGAAAAUAAUAAAAUCCAUGAAACUCAAAUGGAAACUAACAAGUUGCAAUUCAAAGUAAAUCCAGCUUCCGCAGCUUUUUUCGUUUCAUUUUAAACAUAGACUU